ACUUGAGGGAAGCGGAUUGCCUAGGAAUGCAGUCUAGACGGUCUGCGAGGAGGCCGCAGGACUCGUAGGCUUACUCCAGCUCUGAAGGGCGCGCUUUACGUGUUCAGUGAUUACUAGUUCCCGAGUGACUGAUAGUUUCGAACACUCGUUCAGAGGUGGAGAGAGGCCGAGAGCAAUGGAUCCGGUGGUGGUGGAUUGCGGAUCGGGCACGUUCAAGGCGGGCUACGCCAACCCUGACGCCGACCCCCCUGUGAUUGUCCCCAAUCGUUUCGUGGCAGCGCCAGGAGAGAGCCCAGCCACCAAUGGCGUGGGAGACAGCAACAGCGGUGAAGGAGGGGGGAGGGUGGUGGUGGGGGUGGAGCGCGGGCGGGUGGUGGACUGGGGAGUGAUGGAGGACGCGUGGCGCUACAUGCUUUACGAACAGAUCGGGUGGGAGGAGGGCGGCGAAGGGGCCGUGCUGCUGUGUGAGCCCAUCCUCACCCCCAGAGCCGACAGGGAGCAAGCAGCGCAGAUUCUUUUCGAGUCCUUCAGCUGCGCGGGCUUCUUUGCAGCGGAGCAGCCAGUGCUGGCGCUCUAUGCUCUCGGGCGCCUCUCCGGCUGCUGUGUGGACCUGGGCCAUGGCAAGACAGAUUUCUCGGUAGUGCAAGAAGGAGCCUUGGUCCCUUCUUCUGCUCGUCGCUGGCCGAUAGGCGGCUCCGAUCUCUCGGAGCGAAUCCAACGGCUGGUAUUGGAGGAGAGGCAGAGAGGGGGAGGGGCAGAAAGGGGAGAGGGAGAGGAGGAGAGGGGUUUGUUGACAGGUGGCGGCCUCUCAUUGGACGCUGUUGCCCUGGAGAGGCUCAAGGAGGAGGCAUGUGAGGCGGCGUUGGAUGAAAAUAGUUUUGCAGCUGCCCGGGCUGUGGAGGAGAGGAAAGAGUUCGUGCUGCCUGACGGGCAGCGCAUCUCUCUUGGGCCGGAGCGCUGGGACAUUGCAGAAGCGCUCUUCCGACCCUCCCUUCUCACCCAUUCGCCUCUCUCACCACCUUCCCUUGAGGCCUCCUCAUUGGCCGGGCCCGAUUCGGCCGGCAUCGUUCGGCAGCUUCUGAGUGUGGUGAUGGACGGAGCAGGGCUAGGAGGGGGCGGAGGAGGGGGUGGAGCGUUGGGGGGAGGGAUGGGAGGGGUGGGCGGGGGAGGAGGGUUGGGAGGGGGAGCAGGGGGGAUGGGGCUGGAAGGGGGGAAGCAGCGAGCAGCGUUGGAAUCGAUCGCUGUGGUGGGGGGAGGGUCGAGCCUGAAGGGGCUGCUGGAUCGGUUUCAGAGUGAAGUGCAAAUGGCGCUGCCUCCCUCUCUGCAACCUACCGUCGUGAGGGCACCUGAAUACAUGCCGGACAACACCGCCCGCUAUGCUGCAUGGUACGGCGGCGCCAUCGUGGCUCGCAUUGUGUUCUCUCAGAACCAACACGUAACUCGUGCCGAGUACAACGAGAGGGGGCCUGCAGCCGUGCACCGGAAGAGCAUGUGAUGUGACUGUAGGAAGAUGUGACAGUAGGAGAAUGUGACAGCAGGAGGAUGUGACCGUAGGCGCAUGUAAACGUGAGCGGAUGUCCGUAUAGGAGUAGUAUGGUGUGGAGGGGCCAUAGUGUGAACUCUGCUCACAAUGUGAGCUCACAUUCACACUGUGUUUUCUCAGAAUCAACACGCCACACGCGCAGCUGAGCCAAACAAGAGGUCACACUUUAUUCACACGCUGUUUUUACUGCUCCAAACGGACCCUACGUAUAUACGCAGCCCAAUCACUUAAUACAACUAGAGUUCCCAUCCCAUCCCACUCCACUUCAGGA